UGAUAGUGAAGUGUGUGAGUUAUCCAGAAGACAUGUUGUAAGGACAGGUGCGUGUGCAUGUGUAAACCUGCAUCACAGACUAAAUAGAUCAAAUCUAUUACAUGUUUGUCCACAGUCAGCUGACUCUGGUGUUUCUGCCUGGUCACAGUGACUGUGCAGGUCUGACCUGGAAGACCAACAUGUUCGGAUCAUUAACUCAGCUGGAAGUUUAAUCUUUGAGCCCAGCGGAACACAGAGGCGGCACUUCCUGCAGCCUGCAGCCCGGAUCGAACGCUCUGUCUGCGGAUCAGCUGCUGAUCUAGGAUCUGAUCCGACAUGGAGAUUUCAUUUGCAGGCAAACGAGCUCUGGUGACCGGAGCAGGAAAAGGGAUUGGCAGGGCCACGGCCCUGGCUCUGGCACGCUGUGGGGCAAAGGUCACAGCGGUCACACGCACGCAGGCCGACCUGAACACUCUGGUGCAGGAGUGUGAGUCCAUCACCCCGGUGUGUGUGGACCUGGCAGACUGGGGGGCCACAGAGGCGGCCAUACAGGAUGUCGGCCCCAUCGAUCUGCUGGUGAAUAACGCUGCCUGUGCCAACCUGCAGCCGUUUCUGGAGGUCACACCCGACCAGUUUGACCAGUCAUUCAAUGUGAAUGUGAAAGCUGUGCUGCAUGUCUCCCAGAUUGUGGCUCGGGGUAUGAAGGCCAGAGGAUCAGGAGGCUCCAUUGUGAACGUGUCAAGCCAGGCCUCCCAGUGUGCUCUCAGAGACCACGCUGUCUACUGUUCCACUAAAGGAGCCCUGGACAUGCUGACUAAAGUGAUGGCUCUAGAGCUGGGACCCCACCAGAUCCGUGUGAACAGUGUGAACCCCACAGUGGUGAUGACAGAGAUGGGCCGCCUGGGCUGGAGUGACCCUGAAAAAUCCAAGACCAUGACGUCCCGCAUCCCCCUGGGUCGCUUUGCAGAGGUGGAGGACGUGGUGAACAGCAUUUUAUUCCUGCUGAGUGAUAAGAGCAACAUGACUAAUGGAAUCACUCUGCCGGUGGACGGAGGCUUCCUGGCCUGCUGACCGUCACAAGCCUCAUCUGAACACACCGCUCAUCUGCUCAGAGGAAACAGAACAAAUACUUCCUGUUUUAUCUCCACACUACUUUAUACAAACACAGGUCACUUUUAUUCAGCGAUUAAAAUCAACUGCUUCACAACCGACCACUGACUUUCUUUUUGCUGUUUGCUGUUUCCUUUUGUUUUACGUCAGCAUUGGCAUGUUUCAUUUCCUUCUGUUUAUGUAAAUGAUUCCAAACAAAGGUUUAUUUAACAUCAUAUGUACUGCUGU